AACGUUGCAUGGGUCCCACGUCAACAACGCAGUUGCAGUUGUUCGCUGUCCGAUGGAUCUCCGCUUGCUGCUGAACCCGUGCGUCGGGCUGCUGGACCACGAUCGUAGAAGCAGUGACCUCCACCGACCGGAGCCCCGGCAGGCAUCGACCGUCAACCUCCUCGACGACAAGACGUGCAAGCGACGUCGCGAAGCAGAUUUCUGCACUGUGUUCCCCAAGCGACCCCGCACUGACCACGUCGUGACGACUACGCGUCACCAUUACUCGACUUUCUCGACUGUGGCACCAGGAUGCAGCGGCCCAUAUCGAUCCCAAGCCCCGACGCGCAACAUCGACAAUGCGAGCUUUCGCCCGCACUUGACCCAAAUGGGCAGUGCAAACUCCACUUGCAAUGGCCUCUACCAGAGCCACGCCGACCUCCGCAGCGCAUUCCUCGACGUUGGUUUUAACGCCAACAGCAUCUUCAACCAGAUCUGUCCGCUGCGCAAAGGCCGGUGGCGCAAAGAAGAGGAAGCCUACGCCAUCGAGCUCGUCAAGAUGGUCCACGCCAAUCGCCUCCCGCUCAAGUUUCGCCAGUCGCUCCGAACGUUCCUCGCCCAGAAGCUCCACAGCGACGAGAUGCGUGUGCUCAAGAAGGUCGGCAACUCGGACGCGUUUGCGUUUGCGCGGCAGCGCGGCCACGCGGACGAGGUCGCCGUGACAAGGACGACGUACGAGAACGAGCGGUCGAUCGAGCCGCUCGAGACGCUGCGCCGGGCGUUCUUGAAGUCGGUGCAGAUCGAAGUCGUGAUUGCGCUGCGCGAGUAUGAUGGACAAGCGCUGCUAGAUUCUCCCACGAUGGGAGACGACUAGGAAGAUAACCUAGACCGUAAAUAAAUACAUUUCUACGAUAAAAUUACAAA